GCAACACUAAACUUAAGGCAGGCAUGCUUAUUUUGAUCAUGAUAUUUUUAUAAACAAAUUAUUUCGCGGGAUAUUCCAGUGAGCGUUUUGGCGUUUACGUACUUAUUUUGAAUUCUAACUUUGGAUUGUAUGCAAUGUUGUGUCAAAACGUAAUUGUAUAAACAUGGAGUGUACGCAACGACUUGAGUGCACUCAAGAUUUAUACGAUUCCCCAGUGGAAAAAACAUGCCCAGAACAGAUUGGAUUUUUGGGAAUAUGUGGCACAAAAUACCCUGUGAAGAGAGGCCCGAACAAGGUGGGGCGGGAUCCGCAGACUUGCCAGAUUGUGCUGCAGUUGGAUUCAAUAUCAAGACAGCAUGCAGUAAUCAAUAUUCUGAACAAGAUGGAGUUCAUGCUGAUGGACCUAGAUUCUGCCAACAAAACCAAGUUGUUGGAUAAAACUCUCCAGCCAUACAUACCACACCCGCUAAAGAACGGUGACACGGUGCAGUUCGGCAAGAUCUUCGGCAUCUUCCGGCUGCUAGAGGAAGACACCGAGCUGCCCAUGACCCAGGCGCUGGACAUCCCGGACACGCCGGUCUCCAACAGACACGUCACCAGGCUCCACAAUCCCGCCACCACCGUCCCGGAGUCGCCUGAAGUGAGCGACAGGGAUGACUCAUUUAUUGCACCUUCUCAACCAAAGUUGCACAAGCAAUUCAAGGAUGAUGCCAACCAUUUCAUCAAACCAGCGACUAGAACAAUUUCCAUACAACCAAUUGGUUCCAAAAAAAUUGAUAAUGUAUACUGGAACUCUUCCAAAAAGUCAACCUCAUUCGGUUCAAGUUUGGAUGACUCCAGUAAAAGCAUAAAUGGUUCUGCGACAUCACUAACUAAACCUAAUGAUAUGAGUUUAUAUGAUAUGGAGACGCAGGCGCCCAUGGACCAUGUACAAAAUGUAAGCAUAGAUGCAAUACAUACUGCAAACACACAAAUGCCAGACGAAUGUAAACAAAAUGAUAAUAUAGAUAAUAUAUACAAUGCAAAUACCCAAAUUCCUAGUGCCAAUAAACAUAAUGUAAGUGAAGAUUCUAUUCACAAUGUAGAUACGCAAGUACCAAACGCGUGCAAUCCGAAUGUAAGUAUAGACUCUAUUUACACUGCAAAUACUCAAGCACCAUUAGAAUGUAACUCUCCAUGUUCCAUAAACAACGCGGACACACAGAUGCCAGCUCCAGAAAAGCUGCCAAAUUUUCCCAAAGUACAAAACCAAUUUGAAAUGGAAUUCGAUAUUUGUGUAGCAAACAAAGAAAAUGAUAAAAGUAUAUUUAAUGCUGAGACACAAGCAUUUGCAAAUACCCCUGUCAAAACUGAAUCAAUCAAUGUAGACCAAAAAAAUAACUCUCACAAGAAUACGUCGAAGUCUAGUCAUCAUACUUCAGAAGAUGAAAUAUUAUUUGAUGACAUUGAUAAUGAAAUUUUCAAAGAUGAUUUUGAAUCACAGUCUUUAUUGCCGGAAUCACCAAAGACAUUCAAUAACAAAAAUAAAGUGGUUGAGAAACAUUCCGAAUUUACGAUUAGUUUAAGCAAGCCAGGCAGAAGUAAUUCAGGCAGUUCAACAGACUGUGAAGACAUUGCAAUAGCGCCUACGCAGCAGCUGCCGAUAAAACAAGAUGAAGAUCUAACUGAUUGCGAAGAUGACGAUAAUAAGAAAACAGACAGUUUGCCCGAAUCUUCAAAUACUAAGUUAGAAGAAAUGCUUACGCAAGUAAUUCUUCAUGAAGAGCCGUCCGAAAGUAAUAACGUGAAGUACAAUUCUAUUAAAAAAAUACCUGCUCAAACCAAUGAUGUUCCAUUUGAAGAUAUGUUGACACAGGUUAUUGAGGAAGAUGAACCAAUAAAAAAAAUUGCGGGAAAUCUUAACUUUGAAGACAUGCCAACACAAAUUAUAACAGAAGAGGAAGAGUUACCCACCAAAAAAGAUUUAGAUGAUCUCCCAACACAAGUACUACCUCAUGAAGACCCAAAAAAAUUAAAAAAUUCUAAAAUCAUUCCCAACGAAUUAAUGAGUCCGUUUAAAGUUCCUCUUGUAUCACCACGUAAAGCAAAACGAAAAGAUCUUCCAAAGUUACAUCACAGUAAAGAAAUAACUGUUGCUGAAGCUAAUUCAAAAAAAUUUAAUGAUAUCUGUGAUAAAGAUGACAACUAUUACGAAGCUACACAAGAUAUAUUAGAAGAUUUAUGCACUCAACAACUUUCGCCUGAAAUUUUACCGAUUGGACAUGAAGGCGAUGAAAUUGUUCCCAGUUCAGUCGAAGAUUUUAAAACUGGUGAUUAUAAAUUGCCUGGACUUGAUUACGAUAUAUCUCCCAAAACAUCUGACAGUAAUUUGGACGAGAAGCUCCAUGAAUUUGUGACAACUCUCUCUAAAGAACAAAUACAAGAUAUGAUAGGUGUUCAAACUUUGAAAAGACAAGGUAGUGAUCUAUCAGACAGCGAAGCUACACCUAGAAAAGUCCACCCUCUAAAGUUAUUUGAGACUGAUUUACCAAAUAGCCAAGAAAUUAAAACGAGUGUAUCCUUGCACUACAAAAGUAACCUAACAGAAACUUCUAGUGAGUCCGAAACUGAAAAUGAGACUGAAGAUCAGUUCACUCCCAUAUUGUACCGCAAGAAGAGGAGACCCAAAGUUGAUGCUAAAUUAGAUCUCAUUAAGAAACUUAACGUGGAAGCUUUACCUUCAAGAAUUUCCACACGCGUUCGUAAACCCGCGCCCAAACUACAGGAAAGUGACGGCAAUAUUAAGAAAAGAGGGGAAAACAUUCUAAAACCAAAGUUUUUGACAGAACAGGAAGGAGAUAUCAGUAACGAGAUUAUAAUCGAAAACAUAACAAGACUAAAAACGAAGAACGAUAAAAAUGAAAAGAACAAAAGUAACACAGUCGUCAAUAAUGUGGCACGAAAAUCUAAAAAUGAUAUCAAAAGUAAAAGCGAACACAAUGCCAAAGAGAAACGAAAAUCUGACGAAAAGAAAGAAGAGAAAAAUUCCAAUAAGAGAGAGGACAAUUCAACGGUUUCCAAAUCGAGUGGGAGUAAAACGAGUAGUGACGUUGUUAUAGAUUUGACAACCAAAGUAAGUAAACGGCCUACAAGAAGCACGCGGAGUAAGGACAAACAGAGUAAAAAAGCAGAGAGUUCACCGAAGGAAGAAGAUUCUAAAAGAAGAACGCGACCGAUGAAAAAGGAUCACGACACGGAGAAUUCCACGGAAGUGCGACGGAGUAGACGGCAGAAGUCUUACAAAGAGAAGAAGGAGAAUGAUACGUUGAUAAAGGUGAAGAUUACGAAGCCCCCGAAGAGGGAAGUGCGAGAUGAGACGCGGAAGGAGCCUCUGGAGCGGAGUGCCGUGUACAGCGUGUCGCCGCGCUCGGGGGCGGAGUCCCCGCGUGUGGUUGCGGCGGGGGCGGAGUCUCCGCGGGGCGUGAAGCGGGGGCGCGGCGCGGCGGGGGAGCGGCCGCCGAGCCCGAAGCGCACGCGCUCUAAUUUCCGCCGACAACAGCACGCCCCGCCGCAGCAACACAGGGUCAUGUUCACCGCCUUCCCCUACGAAGAAGUCAAGAACAAAUUGGAAAGUCUAGGCGCUCAGAUCGUGUCGGACGUGACGCAGUGCACCGUGCUGGUGACGCUGCACAUCAAGCGCACCUUCAAGCUGCUGUGCGCCGUGGGGCGCGGCACGCCCGUCGUGGGCGCCGCCUGGCUGCAGGCCUGCGCCGACCGCAACCAGCUCGUGGAUCCCUGGCUCUACCUGCUGAAAGACGAAGCAGCGGAACAGAGGUUCAAGUUCAGUUUGCAGCGGACCCUCACCGGCCGCAGGAACUUCCUCGCGGGCUGCAACGUGUCGUGCACGCCCAGCGUGCGGCCCGCCGCCGCCGAGAUGAUGUUGAUAGUGGAAUGUUCCGGCGGCACGUGGCGCGAGGGCGGCGAGGGCGGCGCGCGGUGGCUGUGCGUGUCGAGCGCCGCCGACCGCGCGCUGUGGCCCGCGCUGGCCGCGCGCGGCGCCGCGCUCGUGUCCAGCGAGCUGGUGCUGGGCGGCGUGCUGCGCCAGCGGCUGGACGUGGCCGCCGCCAGGCUGGCCUAGUGCUGCAAACAUGCUGCGGAGUGGAGUGUUUUACUUUCGACAGAAGUGCCUUCGGUGUCGUGAACCAAAUAGUGUGUUUAGUCCUCGACUACCUACUCUUAACUUUGAUGUGGAGGAUACACAGCUUUCUUAGUGAUUGCGAUGGGAACUUCGAUGGUGCUGUGCUUGAUCAUUGAUAAAUUACUUACCUGGUAAAAACAAGCUUUACAUGGAUUCAUCAUGGACAGAAAAAAAUCUUGCUAAUUGUACUUUUUAAAAGGGAUGGAAAAAAUAAUGUUCACCAUUAUAUAUUUUUAAAAUUGAUAAUAUUUAAAAGCCAGGGUCAUGGUAAAUAACACUUGUCCAUUGAAGCAUUGAAAACCUUAUUCCUGUAAAGUAAAUGACCUUGAACUCUAAACCACAGAUGUGGAUAAGUAAAUUUGUUGUUGUAAAUUAUUAAUGUAUUGAAUCAAAGUCUUUAUACAACACUGAUUGUUCUUUCCAAAGCUGUACGUAUCAAUGAGCAGUUCUAAAAGAAUCUUCAUUUUUGUCCAUA